CUCGUCUCCUUUGAAUGUCAAUCCAGUCUUCUCCACCUCCACCGCCCCCCUCACAUGGCUGAUUUCCAAAUUAGGCUUCUUCUGAACGUUGUGUUCAGAGUCUUCACGGCUUUCAUCACAUGCACCGUAGGAGCGCUAAUUGGUAUAAUCACCGGUGCGAUCAAAGGGCAGGCCACGGAAACCGGGAUGCUUCGUGGGGCGGGUGCGGGUGCAGUCAGCGGUGCGAUCGUAGCGUUGCAGGCCGUGGAUAUGAUAGCUAAUGGCGAACCCUUCUCCAAGGUUGCACUGUUGCGGAGCCUUCUCCAUGGGAAACUGUUCAUCGAGUGGACUAGUGCUAUGGAAACGAGUUUUACAGACAUGUUUGACAUGGAGAACACUGUGACAAGAGGAUUAUCCGAAGAAGAUAUAAACGACUUACCAAAACACGUAUUUGAAGGUUUGUCCAAUAGAGAUGAUACAUCUAACGAGACAAACUGUGUGAUUUGUUUGCAAGAUUUAGAGAACAAAGAAGAAGGAAGAGAGCUACCAAGCUGUAGACACGUGUUUCACGUACAAUGCAUAGACGAAUGGCUUAUCAGGCAGGGUUCGUGCCCGGUUUGUAGACGGAAUGUUAUCGUUUAGCUUUUUCGGGGAAUAUGAAACUAGGUUGUUUGUCACGCUUUUAAAGUAGAAAUAUAAUUACUACCAUGUAGUUAAAAGAAUAAUAGACUUUUUAACAAGUAACACUGUAAAUUUGUUUAUCGUGCUUGGCAUGUAUAAUUUCG